AGGAGCGGAGCAGCAGGAGCAGCGUGUUAGCGGGGAAAGGCUGCCCGCAGCCCGAGGGCUGCCCGCGGCGGGGCGGGGGGCUCCGGCCAUGGCUUUUACCAUGCUGCGUCCCAUGGCUGCCCGCGUGCUCUACCCCGACAUCGGCAUGCUGUCGGAGGACGAGGAGAACCGCAGCGAAAGCGACACGUCGGACCAGUCGUACGGCUGCUGCGAGGGCGCGGAGGCACGGCGCAAGGUGCCCAGGAAGACGGGGCCCAUGGUGAUGGUGAAGCAGCGGCAGGCGGCCAACGCGCGUGAGCGGGACCGGACCCAGAGCGUCAACACCGCCUUCACGGCUCUGCGGACCCUCAUCCCCACCGAACCCGUCGAUCGGAAGCUGUCCAAGAUCGAAACGCUGCGCCUGGCCUCCAGCUACAUCUCGCACCUGGCCAACGUGCUGCUGCUGGGCGAGGGUUGCGAGGACGGGCAGCCCUGCUUCAGUGCCAUCUACGGGGGCAAGGGCGAUCUGGACAGCAAACAGCCUCGCAGCAUCUGCACCUUCUGCCUCAGCAACCAGCGGAAAGGGGGCGGCCGCAGGGACCUCGGGGGCAACUGCCUGAAGGUGAGGGGGGUGACCCCGCUGCGGGUGGCACGGAGAUGAGCCGGUGCCACCAGCACCCGCAGGAGAACGGCGGCAGAGCCUGUCACAGCCAGCCCCAGAGACCGCAGCGGGAGGGAGGGAGCUGCCCGCCAGCCGCAGGCGAUGUGGCACAGCAGGGUCAUGGGCUGGCACCGCACCGACGCCAGCACCGGCACCAGCGCUGCGGCGAGAGGACGCUACUAGGGCUGGGAGAAGGGGUCCCGCACCCCUGGGAUGGUCCAAUGGGGUGGGCUGGGAUGAGCAGCCCGCACAUGGCCGGCGUCGAUGAGCUCGGGGGGGGAUGGCAGCACAGCCUCGCAGGUGCUGUUGGUGCACGUGCAGCCACUUGGAAAAUAAACCUUAUUUUUCUGACGGGCUGGUGCCUGCCUGCUGCUCCCAACGCAUGGCGUGGGGUCUUCAGCAUGGCUGUGUCCCAAUGUCCCUGCACCUCUGUGCCAUGCUCAGGUCCCAACCACGACACUGCCUACUCUCCCUAUGAGUGUGAAACCCCGUGCACCCGUGUCCCCGUGUCCCUAAGCCCUGCAGGCAGCUCUGCUCCCAUGAAGAUCUGGGCUAUGGAGAGUUUCAAGCUGUGCAAUGGGACAUGUAUGGGGACAUAUGGGACACAUUGCUGGCACUUUGGGUGCGCACGCAGUGCACUGGGAUUCGUCUCUGUUUCCGCACCUUCUUCACUGCCUGGGAUGCUGUGACCACUGUGACUCCCACUGCUGCCACCAUGGCUGCCACUGUCUCUGUGCAUGGCCAUGCUCUCUAGGGCUGAAGACGCAGGGUCAAGUGGGGACGUGGGGGUUCCCAGCCCAGCCCCCCUGCUCACUGCAGGGAGCUGAGCCUGGGAAAGGUGCCGGGCUCGGGGGCGCACAGCUCCCAGGGGCUCCUGCAUCCCAUGGAGCUGAAACAGCUGUGGAUGAGGCGGCCUGGGGCUGUUGGUGUGCCCCCCCUAGGGCUGUGGGGUUCUCCAGGGAGAGAUCCCAUUGCAGAAGGGGAGCAUGGGGCCCUGGUGCCAUCCUCUCGCCCACCCUGGGGAUGAGGUGAUGGCAGGACCCCUUGGCCUCCCAUGUGGCCAGGCCAUGCUGGCCCCCAGCCCCCCUUUCCCUCGGGUUUGAUUUAUGGAGCUGACAGCACAGCGCAGCUGUGAGAGCGAGUCCCAGGCAGGGACCGGGGUGGGUGGGAGAGGUUUGUUCUCAGCGUGUCUAAUGUGUCCCAGAC